AUCAAUUAAAUUCAUAAAUUAUUCCCAAAACAAACUCUACUAGUUUCUCGCAAUUUCAAAACCGCAAAUUCGGUCAUCUUGUUCAUCGCGCUUCUGUAAAUCCAAGACUCCAUUCUUCACCGUUCCAAUCUAAUCGGUGCCCUAACUCAAACCACGAUGUCAUCUAUACUCAGAGGGGAGUCAAGGAGAUUCAACACGAAGCAAAAAGGACGACAUCAUUUGACGCCACAGAAGAGACAGGAGAUUAAGGAAGCUUUUGAAUUAUUUGACACUGAUGGAUCAGGUACUAUUGAUGCCAAGGAGCUCAAUGUUGCUAUGAGGGCCCUUGGAUUUGAGAUGACAGAAGAGCAAAUUGAGCAAAUGAUAGCAGAUGUGGAUAAGGAUGGGAGUGGAUCAAUCGACUACGAUGAGUUUGAGCACAUGAUGACAGCCAAAAUAGGAGAAAGGGACACUAAAGAGGAGCUCAUGAAAGCUUUCCAUAUUAUUGAUCAAGACAAAAAUGGUAAGAUAUCUGCAGCAGACAUCAAGCGCAUUGCAAAGGAGCUAGGUCAAAUUUUUACUGAUAGAGAGAUUCAAGAGAUGGUUGAGGAUGCAGACCAAAAUAACGAUCGAGAGGUUGAUCCAGAGGAGUUCCUCAUGAUGAUGAACAGAACAAGCUUCCGCCACUAAGUCAUACUUGCAAUAGUACCUUUGUUUGGCUUGAUUAUAUAUAAAUAUAAAUUAUAUGAAGUUGUACGCAGUGCCAUUGUGUAUAUUGUAGGAAUGAUAAAUCGAAUGUUGUUUGUUUUAAUAUGAAAUUGAAUCAAAUGUUAUGAA